UCGAUGAAUUAAAAUUACGUCAAGACAUAAUAAUAAUUCAAGAAUUUUUAUUCCGUAUUGUCAUUCAUUAAAAUGGUUAGCGAAGUGGAAACUCAACCGGAUCAUACAAGAGACGCAUGAUUCCUUCGAGGAUGCCUGCGCAGUCAAAGAUCUAGUGUUACUAUAUGUGCAGGAAAAUAAAAUCACAUAUGACGUAGUGUACAAACAACCUGGCGAAUGUUGGAACAUUGGAAUGGAAAAUACUCUUUUUAACACCUAAAUUCGCAUAAAGAGGAAGAACCUCUACGAAAGAUCAUAUCAUGUGAUCUAAUUAAAAAUUAAUAAAAAAUAAUGAAGAGCGACUCUCGAAAUUGCGCGAUGAUUAAUAACAUAAUAUAUCCGUCCCAGAAAACCGCCAUUGCAAAAGAAAAAGAUGACAACAAUGAUAGCGGUUACAUAACCGAUAGUUCUUUCGAAGACGAGCAGGAGAAUUUGUCGGAAAAAAAACAAGCGGACGUGUACCAGAUGCCAAAUGAUAUAUUAUGUCGACGAGACUGGCGAGUACUUGAAGAAGGACUGUUGCUCUUAUCAUUGGGGCAAAUUGCAUGACAGAAGAUACAACGAAGAACAAUACUGGACAUGCUGUAACAAAUUGAAAUUGUCAUUGGGCUGCACGAAGGCGAACGGACAUGUGUGGAACGGCUUUACGAAACCUGGAAUAAACGGACCCUUCGCGGGUUACGUAUAUACCGAAUCGUCUAAAGAUAAACAGAAUCACACCGUCUAUGCUCUGGAUUGCGAGAUGUGCUACACGCGACAUGGUUUCGAGCUCAUCAAAGUCACCGUUGUAAAUUUGUGUGGCAAAAUAGUAUACAACAAGUUCGUCAAGCCGAGCAGCGAAAUCAUCGAUUACAAUACUCGAUUCAGCGGCAUUACGGAACAGGAUUUGUUGGAUGUCACCACGACCUUCGAAGAUGUUCAGAAAGAACUGAAGACCAUAAUCUACGCUGAGACGAUUAUAUUCGGUCAUAAUCUAGGCAGCGACUUCAGAAUGCUGCGCUUGUUCCACGAUAAAAUCAUCGAUACUUCCGUGCUGUUCCCACAUAGUAAACCGUUUCCGUAUUGUCAUUCAUUAAAAUGGUUAGCGAAGUGGAAACUCAACCGGAUCAUACAAGAGACGCAUGAUUCCUUCGAGGAUGCCUGCGCAGUCAAAGAUCUAGUGUUACUAUAUGUGCAGGAAAAUAAAAUCACAUAUGACGUAGUGUACAAACAACCUGGCGAAUGUUGGAACAUUGGAAUGGAAAAUACUCUUUUUAACACCUAAAUUCGCAUAAAGAGGAAGAACUUCUAUGAAAGAUCAUAUCAUGUGAUCUAAUUAAAAAUUAAUAAAAAAUAAUGAAGAGCGCGUAACAGCAUUAAUUUGUAUGAGAUAAAGAUGAAUGUAGGAACGCGCGCUACAUUCUUAUAAAGUCUGAACGCAAUUUCAGUAAGAACGAAAGCAAUGGUCUCAAUAUUGGCAGCGCAUCAUUACCAGGAAUCAGCGGGAAUGAUUCAACUUCUAGCGCCGAGACAUAUUAAAGUAAAAUUACAAAGUGUCGAGACAUAAUAAAACUUCGAUGAAUUACUAUUACCUCGAGACAUAAUAAAAAUUCGAUGAAUUAAAAUUAUGUCGAGAGAUAAUAA